AUGGUGGGUGUCCCGACGAGCAAUCGAUGCGAUAGCUGCCGCCGGCGGAAAAAGAAGUGUGGUGAGGAGCAACCAUCGUGCGUCCAGUGCAUCCGCGGAGGGCGAAGCUGUGUUUACCAGACCCAGUGGAAAUUCGUAGAUGAGGCUCCCCACUGGACCCGGUACUAUUCCGGGAGGCAGUUUGUCUACGACGCUACCGAUCUCAGCUUGGAAGAGGCGUAUGCCAAGUAUAAGUAUGUCGAUGAGGGUGUGAGGCCGGACGGGCGACUCGUGAUAGUGCGGGAGAACCUCCAUUUCCUCCACCUCUCCCGGAACAGGACCGAUCAGACGCACGCCAGGUCCUGGGUGCCUCGAUACCUCGAGACCAACCAUCUCGGCGUUGAGUUCGCAUAUUGUUUAGAGAGCAAUGCGAGGGGCACGCUUGUGCCCCUCAGGCUGAGUGGCUCCUUCAUCGAUGCCAUUCCCGCCCGCCUCGGCCUAAACCAGGCGCUGGAUAACGCCGUCUCCUGCCUCUGUGCCAUAUACCGUGGCACGCUUUCAGCCCCCUAUCUGUCCCACAAGCCCGUCUAUCAAAGCUACGUUAGAGCGCUAGCAUCGCUGCGCCUGUGUUUGAGUGAUGAGGCGUAUCGGCUGGAACCAGAGACUCUUUGCGCAUCGAUAUUGCUCCAAGUAUGCGAAAUCAUCGUCAAUGACGACCGCGCAGAGUGGAGUCACCUAGCCCGUGGAACGGCUCGUUUACUCUCAGCUCGUGGCAGCCAGCGAUACACAACUGACUUCGAGCAUGCAAUGCUACACGCCCAGCUAAGCCAUGUCAUUGCCCAGGCUGUGAGUUUCAAUGAGCAUUGCUUUCUUGCUUCGCCAGAAUGGCGACCACUUUUGUCGAGGACACCAGUAUGGCCUUCGCAGACAGCCCUGGCAAGGUCUAUGGCAGCUCGCUCUCGCCUCACCGUGCAUCUACUCGACUUCCCAAGCCUAGUGAAACAUUUCCGGGCUAUAGAUAAGAAGCAGAUGUACCAAAAGGGGCCAGAAGAACACCCAGAUUCGUUACUGCAUAAAGCCCACGAAAUAACUGAUCGGCUGAAGAAGUGGCGCGAAGCUGAAGUAUGGCCGCCGCCCAUCUCAUCUUCUACCAAUGACAUGCAAGAUGUUCAAGACCACAUUUUAUAUCCGGAAACCGUGGCUGGGGUUUCCGACUGCGUCGCCAACAUGGCUCUCCUCAAUAUAACCCAGAUUUUGCACACCCUAUGCCAGGCAAAGUUACGCGCAGCACGAAACGACCCCGACCUACUACUUGAAAUUGGUAAACUUAUUGAAAGCCCAAAGACCCUUCUAGAGUGGCGCAAGCGUGCGACCAGUGCCUAUCGUAUCGUGCAAAGCAUGGCUCCUUUGGCUGCUAAGCCGUUGGAUUUUGGGAUACGGAUGAUAGCUGCCCAGGCUGCAGAUAAGCCCCGGAUACCUUGGCGAAACGAAACGCUGUUAUAA